GUGACAUAAAUCACAAAAAUUUUAGAGAAAUUUCGGACAAAAUUUCGGUGUGAAUUUUUAAAUAUAUAUUGUGUGUGUAGAUAUUUCGGAAAUUAAGAAUUUUGUGGAAAUGUAAGGAAAAUUUCAGAAAAUUUUGGGAAACUCCUGACGGAAAUGAUAUAGCAUAUGAAAUUUGACGGAAAUUUCGGCAGUUUCGGAGAAAUUUGAAACCUUCACACUAGGAAUGGUAACCGGUCACAUGCAAGCUCAUCUAUUUGGCCAGGAUUAAAAAGAUUUUGGCCACAAGUUUUAGAGAGCGGAAGAUGGCUUAUUGGUGAUGGGAGUUGUGUGUCUUUCUGGCAUGACAAUUUUGCAGGUCUUCCAUUAUCAAAUUUCUUUGGUCUUCCAGAUGGUGCGACUAAUUAUAUGAAGGGGAUGGUUGCAGAUUUUGUCAAAGAUGGAACUCUUACUGCUAAGGAAGCUUUCAAGUCUUUACACGCCUGUGCUCCUCCAUUGGAUUGGGGUAAGCUAAUUUGGUCUAAAUACUUUCCUCCGCGUAUAUCUUUGUUGGCUUGGAAGGUGUUGCGGGGUCGCAUACUCUCUGAUGAUUUUUUGCAAAGGCGUGAGAUUUCUCUUGCAUCUAGCUGUCUACUUUGUCGUACUAGCAGUGAGUCAUUGGAGCCUUUGUUUUUUCAAUGCUUAUUUGUAGGUGCUAUUUGGCAAUUUAUGUUGCACAAAUUUGAAUUGCGCAUGCUUCAUGGUUCUCUAUUGAAUAUCAUGCAAAGUGGGUUAGUUGCUGGUUGUAGUCCACAAUUGAAAGAAAUAUGGCUUGCAUGCUUCACUUACACUCUAUGGUUUAUCUAGCAGUCAAGGAACAAGGUCAAGUUUGACGGUGAAAAUAUUGACGUGGGGAAAGCAUGUAGGCUGAUUUCAGGUCAUAUAUGUUCUUUUAGUCACAUUGCCAUUGGUCACAUGCAUAAUACUACCACUCAUGACCUAUGUAUUUUGAAGAGGUUUAAUGCCCCUUGUAGGUAGCGGAAGACUCCUCGCAUCACUGAAGUUAAUUGGCAUCAUCUGUUAUUUGGUUGGAUCAAGAUAGACACAAAUGGAGCAUGGAAAAGUGACUUGGGGAAAGCAGGUUAUGGUGGCUUGUUUUGGGACUAUAAAGGUGUUGUUUUGGGUGUUUUUUGCUCCAAUUUAGAUACCUAGUUUUGUCAGAGGUCAUGGCGGUUAUUAAAGCAAUAGAAUUAGCAUGGGUCCGAGAUUGGAAAUUCAUAUGGUCGGAAGUGGACUCUACACUUGUUCUCAAUUUUCUUCAAUCUCCUCAUCUUGUACGUUGGCAAUUUCAUGUAGAAUGGGGUAAUUGUUUGCAUCGUAUUUCUCAAAUGCAAUUUCGUUCUACUUAUAUAUUUUGUGAAGGAAAUUAAGCCGCAUGCGUACUAGCAAAUUUUGGAACUACUUCCUCAUAUUUAGUUUGGUAGGAUUUGGCUCCGCCUAUCAUUCAUAAUUUUUGUAAUCGGGACCAAAUGGGUCUUCCUAAUUUCCAUUUGUGUUGAUAGUGUCGAGAGGUUUGGUAUAGUUCCCCCUCUAAGUAUUUAUUUUUUAUUCAAUAAAUUAUCCUCGUUUCGUCGAGGUUCAUAAAAAAAAAAAAAAAACACCAGGAAAAAAAAGAAAAGAAAAGUUAUUUCUGUAUUAAAGCCAAACUUAUUAGUUUAUAUGGAAUGGAAAUACACAUACUAAUGCAAACGCGCGUCUUUUGGUAAACCUCAUAGUGUCAUAAACGUUAAUUUGAUGUCAAGUGGCGAAAAUAUUAACAUCUCUUUUACAGGCUUUCACAGAGAAUAUUGAAGGUUGCAUAUCGAACUCACCGCUAAACUGGUGCUUUUUUUAGUUUUACCCACUUAAG